UCUUUUCCUUCAUAUUCCACAGAGACUGUACUGAUUGUCUGUGAAAACGAGCUAGAAUUAAUUGACUGCGGAAAUAAUGGCCGCGUGAAUAUCACCAGUGCUGUAUUCGGGCGAAGUGAUAGUACAACGUGUCCUCACUCUUCUAUAUCAAACACGGCAUGUGGGGUGGAUGUAUCAGGCGCCAUCGGUACACUGUGCGAUGCUCAAUCUCAGUGCGAAGUUACGGCUUCAUCGAGCCUUGAUGGUGAUCCCUGCUUGAACACCUUUAAGUAUUUGAAUGUAACCUACACGUGUGAAGAGAUACCCGUUUUGAUUGUCUGUGAACAAGAUUCAAGAAAUAUUAGCUGUGGAAAUGGCGGUCGAGUGAAUAUCACCAGUGCUGUAUUCGGGCGAAGUGACAGUACAACGUGUCCUCACUCUUCUAUAUCAAACACGGCAUGUGGGGUGGAUGUAUCAGGCGCCAUCGGUACACUGUGCGAUGCUCAAUCUCAGUGCGAAGUUACGGCUUCAUCGAGCCUUGGUGGUGGUGAUCCCUGCUUGAACACCUUUAAGUAUUUGAAUAUAACGUACACGUGUGAAGACUUCGACGAAUGUACAGCAAAUGAGCAUACAUGUGACGAGAAUGCAUCAUGUGAGAACACCAUUGGAUCUUAUAUCUGUAUCUGUAAUACUAAUUACAGUGGCGAUGGAUUCACCUGUUAUGAAAACUGCUUCGUUGUUUCAAUACCCUUUUCAGACUAUUCAUCAGGGGGUCGAGAAGUCAUCCACGAUAUGAAAUUUAAUGUAACAUGCGAUUUAGGCUACUCUACGGGUGCUUCCCAGUUUACAGAGUUAAACUGUUAUAAUGGUACAGUGUCUCCCGCUUCACUUCCAACAUGUUACGCAAAUUGCAACGUAGAUCCAGUACCAUUUUCAGAUUAUGAAAAUGGCGAUGAGGUUGACCAUGCUACGAACUUUACUGUAACAUGUAACAAUGGAUACUCGACAGGAUUAGCCUCGUACAACAUUACAGAACUAAGUUGUGAUAAUGGUACCAUAUCUUCUGCACUUCCUACAUGUUAUGCAAAUUGCAACGUAGAUCCAGUACCAUUUUCAGAUUAUGAAAAUGGCGAUGAAGUUGACCAUGGUAUGAACUUUACUGUAACAUGUAACAAUGGGUACUCGACAGGAUUAGCCUCGUACAACAUUACAGAACUAAGUUGUGAUAAUGGUACCCUAUCUUCCGCACUUCCUUCGUGCCAAGACAGUUGCAACGUUCAGGCCAUUCCCUUUACAGAUUUAUCCGAGGGUCGGGCAAUCGACCAUGGGACCGCUUUCAAUAUAACAUGCAUUCCUGGCUUCUCUACUGGUGUAUCGACUUUUACAGAACACAUUUGUGAUAAUGGUACCCUCAGUCCAACACUUCCAACAUGUUACAAAAAUUGCAUCUUUGCAGUUCCUUUCUCAGAUUAUGCAGCGAAUGUUUCUGUACACCAUGAAGAAGUUUUCAACGUAACAUGUAGCAGCGGUUACUCUACGGGUGUAUCCUUGUUUACAGAGCUUAGUUGUAAUAACGGAACACUGUCAUCCGCUGUGCUUCCUACCUGUUAUGAAAAUUGCGAGGUAUCCAUACCUUUUUCGGAUCAUGAGGCUAAGGAAGCAGGCCAUGCAACGACUUUCAUCGUAACAUGCAACUCUGGCUACUCCAUGGGAAUGAACACAUCUACAGAGAUGAGUUGUAACGAUGGUAUUCUGUCUCUUGAUCCACUUCCAACAUGUUACGAAAACUGCGACGUUCCUUCAAUACAGUUUUCGGAUUAUUCAUCGGGUGGUGAUGUUGACCACAAUGCGACUUUCAUUGUAACGUGCAACCAAGGAUACUCAACAGGUGUCUCGGUGUUUACAGAGCUCAGUUGCUAUGAUGGUACCCUUUCUUCUGCUCCCCCUACAUGUUAUGAGAAUUGCGAGAUUCCUUCAAUACCCAAUUCUAAUUAUUCAUCGGGUGGUGAUGUUCAGCAUAGUGCGACUAUCACUGUGACAUGCAACCAAGGCUACUCCACUGGUGUUUCUAGAUUUACAGAUCUCACUUGUGAUGAUGGUACCUUUUCUCCUUCACCUCCUACUUGUUAUGAGAAUUGCAUGGUAACAGUACCUUUAUCGGAUUAUUCGGCGAAUGUUCCAGUCGACCACGGUGAAACAUUCAACGUAACCUGUAACCCUGGCUAUUCCUUUGAUUCAGCAUCAUAUCUAGAGCUCAGUUGUGAUAAUAGCAUCUUGUCUCCUGAUCCACUUUCCUCGUGUAACGAUAUUGACGAGUGUGCUCUUGAUUCGAGUCUCUGUACCGAUGGCCGAUGCUUUAAUCUCAUUGGAAAUUACACCUGCAUUUGCAACAGUGGUUUCGUGUUAACAGACCUACAUUCUUGCACUGCUCUGCCCAACGUUAGCAAUGUGGCUACGAGUACAGUGUCAGUGAUUUUAGAAGGGGCAAAGCUGAAUGGUGAAACCUUGGUAUACAGCGCCCAACUAACCAAUAGGUCAUCAGCCUUAUUCAUUGAAUUGGAACUUCAAUACUGUGCUGUGCUAAUCAAUUUUGUCAAGGACACGUUAAGUUUUACUAUGGAUCCCAGUUGCAUUACCACUGCGUUUACCCCAGGUAGUGUGAUUGGUGAUAUGGAACUUGAAGUGCCUGCUGAUAAUCAAGACACUGCAGAUCAGCUGGCUUUGAGUAUUGGGGAAUUGUCCAGCAAUAUUACUCGGGUCUUAACAGCUAACGGGCUAACACUGGAAGGAACCUUCUUAUCCUCAACUGUUCAAUGUGAUCAGUCUAAUUGUCAAAAUGGAGGAACUUGUACUACGACAGGACAGCUUUGUGAUUGUCCAACUGGUUUCUAUGGAGAUCUUUGUCAGAAUAACAUCGAUGAUUGUACUCCUACCUCUUGUGCUAACAAUGGAUUUUGUGUUGAUGGCGAUAAUAGUUUUACUUGUGUAUGCUCCCAUGGAUUCACUGGUGAUACGUGUACAGCAUCUAUAUGUGGCUCGAUAGCAUGCGAGAAUGGUGGAGUUUGUUCCAGCCCUGAUCAAUGCACUUGUGCUGCAGGUUUCAUUGGAAGCACGUGCGAGACUAAUAUCAACGAAUGCUCUCCCGAACCCUGCAGAAAUGGAGGAACUUGUAUCGAUGGUAUCAACUCUUACACGUGUUCCUGUCGUAGAGGAUAUACUGGAACUAUUUGUGAUCUAGAUGUUGAUGAAUGUGGCCAAGAUUCCAGUCUAUGUGCCAACGGAAGAUGCGUGAACACUCUUGUUGGAUUACAUACUUGUGUCUGCAAUAGUGGACAUACAUUGACCAAUUCAGAUUCGUGCACUGCUCUCUCUGACACUCUCUUUACGAGUUCACUCCGGGUUGAGCUUACUGGGCAAACUCUCGAUGGUGUUUUACUAAUUUACACUAACUCUUUGGCAAAUAGAUUAUCAGACGAAUUCAUGGAAUAUGAUACCACUUUCUGUUUCUUGUUUAGUGAGUACGUACGGGCUUCAUUGCAAAGCAGAAGGUAUCAGCUACUUGGUGACAGUUGUGAAGUGAUAGGGUUUCGUCAGGGCAGUAUAAUUGCUGACAUCAGCUUUCAAGUGGCUGCAGCAACUCAAAGGAUAGCUGAUGAUCUUGCACUGGCUGUAGCUGAUCUGUCUACUGACAUCCCUCAACGUUUAUCAACGAAUGGACAAACUCUGUUGGCAAUUUUUACAGCAAAUGUUCAGUGUGAUCAGUCAAAUUGUCGGAAUGGUGGGACCUGUACUAAUGCUGCUCAGCAUUGCGAUUGCCCAUCCGGCUUUAGUGGAGCUUUCUGUCAAAAUGUUUCAAGUUCUCAAGGACUUUCUCUUGCUGCUAUUAUUGGCAUUGUGGCUGGGAUAACUGCUUUUGUUUUCGUCAUCAUAAGCUGUGUCUGCUGCAUAUCUCUUCGUUACAGACAACGGAGUCAAGCAAAACAAAUUAUUAUGGCUGAUGGGUAUAACGACUACCCAGGUUUCUACGGAAAGAGAGCGUUGGAUAGUUAUUCAGAUAACGGUUCCUAUGAUGGGAGACGUCAAGCCAUCGAUCGUAUGCGAGUGAAUGGAGCAUCCGUUCAAUGGAACCCAAGAUUGGCAGAAGAUAGGCGUCAUUUCAGUACUCCUUAUGUAGUGGAUGGAAGAAUCCCGGAAAGACGUGUGGAUAGAAAAGCAAUCGUUUAUUGAUUGAUAUGAUGACUUAUGAUGACCUAUACCUUCGGAAAAGGCACGGAUAGGACAACGGAACAUGGAUUAGUGAUUAAUGUUGCAUACCUAUUUUGGGGAACAAUUGGUUUUAAUUAUCAUUAAGAGGAAUAAUAUAUAUCAUCGAGGGCAAUAGUGGGUAUUAGACGCACAAGAAACAGUUUUGAAAAGCCUGAGGAAUAUCGAUAGUAUGUAGAACCUUGUAGAUAAUCAUAUUAUAACAAACUCUUUAGAAUAUAAUUAAAACAAUAAGCUGUCACUAUAACUGACCAUUAAUACAAGCCAUUAAAAAUCUUCGCAUUACUUCGUUCGGUCUUUGAUA